GAGCCAUUCGACGGGACAGUAAAGUCUCUUUUAUGGACAAUGCCCGGCAGUGAGAACUUUACAGCUCAGGGAGUGUCCGAGGAGGAACGGGCUCAUAACAAUCUGAUGAUGGUAAUAGCCACCUUGACGUGGCUCGUGCUCAGCUGUUUAACGCUCUUCAUUUACUGCUGCAAUUACUGGCAACUUUUGAGGCCCUUUUCCCAGAGGAACCGAGAGGAGUCCGAGCCGCAGCGGAGCACCCUUCUAACAGUGGAUGAUUAGCCGGGAAAUGCAAGGAAAACCGUAUCAAAGGGGAGAAGGAGCUCCGACAGCUGGCGGCCAUCAUCCUGGGGCCUUGACACUGGCCAUAUGCCUCUGUGCAGCAGCUUUCAUUUCCAUUUUCCAUUUCCGUUUCCGCUAAGUUAAUUCCACACGACAACAAAAAACAAAAAAUGAAACCCUGCAAAAACGGAAAAUUCCAUGUGUUGCUAUUUCCCUUCUUUUUUAUUCGCGUGUCUCCCUUUGCGCUUCUUGUCGUUUAGUUUACAUUUGCUUUUCCUCCUCCCACACCGCCUCCGACUCCCAUUUUCCAUUUGCCUUUGCCAAAAAAUAUUUUAUUUCCCUCGGCUGCCAGGCAACCCAACAAAAGCGGAGGCGUCCUGAGAUAUUUGCAGCCUGAGUUUUCAUUUCUUUGGCUGGAAAAGUGAAAAGCAUCUUUUA